AUGGUGGUGGCCAUGGGGAUGGUGGUGGCCAUGGGGAAGGAUGAGGACGGCAACACCCUGUCGGAUGAGGACAUCUCGGCCGAGGCUGACACCUUCAUGUUCGAGGGCCACGACACGACGGCCAGCGGCUUGGCAUGGCUGGAGGACCUGUCCCACCUGCCCUUCACCACCAUGUGCAUCAAGGAGAGCCUCCGCCUGCAUCCCCCUGUCACCGCCGUGUCCCGGCGCUGCACCAAGGACAUCGCCCUGCGUGACGGACGCGUCGUCCCCAAGGGGAUCAUCUGCCUGAUGAGCAUCUAUGGGACCCACCACAACCCAGACAUCUGGCCCGAGCCCCAGGUCUACAACCCACUGAGGUUCAGCCCGGAGAACAGCCAGGGACGGUCCCCAUUGGCCUUCAUCCCCUUCUCUGCUGGUCCCAGGAACUGCAUCGGGCAGAGCUUCGCCAUGGCCGAGCUGAAGGUGGUGGCGGCGUUGACGGUGGCACGUUUCACCAUCCGGCUGGAUGCGGAGAGGCCACCGCGCCGCAAGCCCGAGCUCAUCCUCCGCACCGAGGACGGGCUCUGGCUGCUGCUGGAGCCGCUGCCAGAGGUGGCCUGA